AUGUUCUACUUUCUGGCCCUCCUUUCAGCUAUCGAUUUGGCCCUUUCCACAAUCUCUAUGCCCCACAUUCUGGGUAUCUUCUGGUUUGAUGCUCAUGAGAUUAACUUUGGGGCUUGUGUGGCCCAAAUGUUUUUGAUCUAUGCCCUCACUGGCGAGGAGGCUGAGGUCUUGCUGGCCAUGGCCUUUGACCACUAUAUAGCCAUCUGUGCUCCACUCCACUAUACGACCAUCUUGACAUCCUGGGUAUUUGUGGGUAUCAGUGUGUUCAUUGUGUUUUGUCCAGUUCUGUUUAUACUUCCCAUAAGCUAUUUCAUCUACCACCUGCCCUUUUGCCAGACUCAUGUAAUACCUCAUUCCUACUGUGAACACAUGGGCGUUGCAAAACUGUCCUGUGGAAACAUCCGUAUCAAUGCCAUCUACGGGCUUAUCAUGGUCUCUCUCUUUCUGCUGAACGUGGUCCUUAUUGGCAUCUCUUACUUCUACAUUCUGCGAGCUGUCUUCCGCCACCCAUCACAGGAUGCUCAGCUAAAAGCGCUCAGCACAUGUGGCUCUCACGUUGGGGUCAUCUGUGUUUUUUAUAUCCCCUCAGUGUUCUCCUUCCUCACUCACUGA